AGUCGCCCCUUUCUCUAUCCAUCCCGGCGGCCCGACAGCUUCGCCUCGCCGACGCCGUGGCCGCCCCGAGCUUUUCCGGUCCCCGUCCAGGUCCUCAGUAAAAGCUUCCGCAUGCGGCAUCUCCCCCUCCCGGCACCUCUCCAACGCCAAGCAUCUCUUCCCGCUGCCCAAGCCCUGAGCCCCAGCGCAAGCUCCGGUCCCCAGAUCCCCGCUGUGCCCAUGGCGGCGCGGACGCAGGCGUGGCAGUUCGCGGCCGCCUUGGCCUUCUUCCACGGCUCCGAGUACGUCCUCGCCGCCGCCUUCCACGGCCACAGCAACGUCACCGCCACCUCACUUCUUAUCAGCAAGCAGUAUGUUUUGGCAAUGAGUUUUGCAAUGGUGGAACACCUGACAGAAAGUCUUUUCUUCCCAGAAAUAAAAGGGUAUCUGUUUGUCAGUAAUAUUGGCCUUCUGAUGGUGCUUGUUGGUGAAAUUAUUCGUAAAAUUGCUGUUGUAACAGCUGGACGUGCCUUUACACAUGUUAUACGGAUUCAGUAUGAAGACCAGCAUCAGUUGGUAACUCAUGGAAUUUAUAGAUUUAUGCGGCAUCCUGGGUAUUCAGGCUUUCUUCUAUGGGCAGUUGGAACGCAGGUUAUGCUGUGCAAUCCAGUAUCUACAGUUGUAUUUGCAUUGGUGUUGUGGCGUUUCUUUGCAAAGCGGAUACCAUAUGAAGAAUUUUUCUUGAGGCAAUUUUUUGGCUCUCAAUAUGAAGAAUAUGCACGGAAAGUGCACUCGGGGUUACCAUUUAUAAACUGAGUGUUUCAAACUUGCAAAGCAACGCUUACCCCCUGCUGUCCUCAUCAUUGAUAUGUCUAAGAAAAGCACUUUACAACAUGGACUUGAGAGAUGCCAAACGAGCAAGCUAUGUCAUGGAUUUUAUACACAAUACAACACAAAUCUGGAAUUUCAUCAAGCUGAAGAGUCAUUCCUCAGCUCGUCAAUCUGGGGCGAAUGCUAAGAACUGUUGCUGAUGUAAAUGGGUUCGCUUACAGCUAGUUUUUCUGGAAGCUCUGCCAUUCAUUAGAUUCGAACAGAAUAGUUUCCGCUUUUUCUGGAGGACAUCGAACAUUUCCAGUAGGUUCGCUGUGUGAAAGCCUUUGUAGUACAACUGUAUCAAGUGUGCCUAAACAUAUAUGCUACAACUGUACAACUGUAUCAAGUGUGCAGAAGAAAAGAAACCCCCGGUUUGUUCCAUGGAAUCUGAAAUUCACUGCAGAGCUGCAGUUCUUUUG